GCUACAGUUGCCAUAGUAACAAAUAUGUGUAAAUGGGAAAUGGCCAAGUAGUCGUUUGAAAACAAAUGCAAGCAUGGGCUGCACGUCAUCAAAGGUUCAAACUGUAACAGUAACUGCUAACAAUGCUACACGAAAAGAUCCUGUAAAAGAAAAACGGGAUUCUGGAGCAGUUGAUCCAAACAACAAUGCUGGUGGAACAGCAACAGUGAGUUUCGACAGGCCUAACGAAAAGCCGAUUGUAAGCGAGGUGAACAGUGUCCCAAAAUCAAGCCCGGUUUCAGAGGAAAUACGCUUUGCGCAUAAAAUUCAAAGUCAACCUGCUUCCAAUGAUAACGUUGAUAAGGAAAACAACAAUGAAAACAGUGUUGAAGAGGAGAAAGAACGGCAAACUUCUCCUGAAAUAGCAGAUCGUUCUUGUGCUGUCGACACCGAGAAUGAUAAUGACUUGUCAGUUAUUGCUAUAACAGAGGCUGAAAGUGGACUUUUGAGCAGCAGAACCAAGGAAGAAGAUGGACUGAGCAAUGCGCCCUCCAAUAAUAUCACAAAGAGAAAUUUAAAAUCUCAGUUAUUCUCAACCCUAGAUGUGUUUAAGGAUAUUGAUGCUUACGCUCUAAAGGCACCAAGAGAUUCAAUGAGCUCAUUUGAAGAACUUGCUAGAUAUCUCACAGGACAAUAUGAUUCAGAUUUGUUCAAAGCCAGAUCAAUUUGGAUUUGGGUCACAUCUAACAUUUCAUACGAUACAGAUGCCUUCUUCAACAAUGAUUUGUCUGAAGCAGCAGAUGAAACAAAUGCAUUGAAAACAGGCAAGGCAGUCUGUUCUGGAUACUCAUCUCUUGUUUCUGCCCUUUGCAGGGUCUUAUCUGCUGAAAAACUGCUCUGGUCUCAGUCUAAAGAAAUACAUGGGUUUGCUAAAGGGUACAAUUACGAAAUUGGACAAAAAUUUGAUGGGAAGAAAACCAAUCACUCAUGGACCUCUAUCAAGAUACAAGGUCAAUGGUGGCUGUUUGAUUUUACGUGGGGUGCUGGAUAUGUGGGAAACGAUAAGAAAUUUGCUUGGAACUACACAGAGCAUUAUUUCAUGACAGAUCCUGAACUUUUCAUAUUGGAUCAUUUCCCUGUGGACAGUGAAUGGCAGUUGAUGAAACCAAUCUAUGCUAUAGAGGAGUUUGAGCAAUGGGCAAAAUUCUCCAAGCAUUUCUUCAUCAACCAACUAAAACCUGUUUCACAUAAAAAUGGUAUUAUCGAAGCUAAUGAUGGAAAUGUUGAAGUAGUCAUCGGAACUGUAAAUCCAAUGCAAACCAGUGUCAAAUUAGAAUUUAUUGGUAAAGAGCAAAUCAAGAUCCUUACAGACUAUUCAUUUGCCCAAACAAGAGAUGCAGAAAUAGCAUUUUCUGCAAGGCUCCCUGAAGUUGGAAAAUACAAUUUCAAGCUUUUUGCAAGCAAACUGACAAAAGAUUCCGUUAAAUCGUACGAUCUUGUUGCCAGCUAUCAAAUCAAUUGCAAAAUUGCUGAUAAAAACUGCAUGCCUUUUCCAAAAACUUUCAGUUCAUGGCAGCCAGGAUAUCUCCUGCAUCAACCGAGAAAUGGGAUUUUACCUUCUGGUGAAUCAAUUCCAUUUGAGAUAACUGCUCCUGAUGUAAUUGAAAUGCAUAUUUCUGCCAGUGGUGGUAAAGGUGAAUGGAUUUCUUUGAAAAAAUCAGAAAAAGGUUUCUGGGUUGGAAAUGUAACUUUUAGCGCAGAAACCAGUGCAGCUACAGUUGUCGUAAAAAUUGAUGGGCAGACGUCGACGACCUUUAGUGGCAUUCUGAAGUAUGUCGUUGAAUCUUAAACAUAAUAUCAGAUAGAGUUUAUAUAUCAAAAAGUUAGAUUAAUGGGGAUGGCGGUCUAAGAUUUAAUCAGGUCCCUCAUGCUAUAAUUUUCACUGCGAGGGAUGUAAGAUUAGAAACUUGUUUUUGCGGCGGCCUAUUUUCAGACAAUGUAAAGCUCAAAAAUGUUUAAUUACAGUCAUUUUUAUAAGAGGCUGUCUGUAAACAACUAUGUCCAAAGGUGACCAAAAAUUUAAGAAAAGAAAAAUACUGAUCACCGUUAGAACGAAGCAAAAAAUAAGUCCUUGCGUUCUACUUCAUGUUAUCUUGAUUUACGUUAUUGCAUUUCAAAUUAACUAUUUUGCGUUUGGUGUGUAAAAGGCCUUUAAGAAACUUUCAGCACUGACAUCGACAAAAAAUUAAGAAAUUGAGUGCUAAUUCCGAGUUUAGUUUCUUACAAUAUCUGAGUACUGCAAGCUUGACAAGAAGGCUCUCUUGCUGUUAUAACUCCCUUUUCAAAACUCAGGUCCCGGGGCAACUUCCCUCCCUCCAAACCAUCUUGGUGGCCUUUACAUCACAAAUGAAUUAAGAAGGAAGUACACUUUAUCAUCUAUUUGUUAAGGUAAGGCAAGGCAUUUUAUUUAGUUGAGAAUUUGUUUAGGCCUUCCAACAUCAAGAUCGGGAUAAAAUAUCUUACUGUUUUCCUGCCAAACGUAAAAUUUCAGAAAAAUAAAUUGCAUAUAUUGAUUAUUUUAUAUUUAUAAAAGUCUGCGCAAAAGAAGAAAUGGUGUUGGUGAGCGCUAAACCAUAUUCAAGGUUUUUUCCAUUUUGAAGUUCAAUGCGAAGUUUUUUGGUUGGCCCUCUUAAUCAUAAGUACGGAUAAGUUUGCUUAAGCCUAGCCAAUCGCAUCCAACACCCAACAUUACACCCAACGAUGAACAGUGUACAGAAUAAAAUGCUCGAUGAAAUGGUUAAUGUGCUUGGCUAUCCUUUGUGGCUCUUGCACAUUACAAACUGGUGUAAGAUUGAGUUUGGUCGAAUUAAAAAAAUCCCUUUUUGUCAGAUAUUCGACGAAAUGUUGAAUAUGUUUGACCAUCCUUUGUGGGCCUUCAAGCAUUGCAGACUGUUAUAAGAUGACUUUUGGUCAAAACGAAACAUACUUAGUCUAGAGCUGUGUCUGCGUGCGAAAUAAAACGAUAAGAACAGACAAAGUUUGAAAACCCGGCAGAGAAUCACCUCCGAAAACGGUGUCUUGUACCCGUUCCGCUGCCAUUGCUCUUUCUUGAAUAUUAAGAGCUUUAAUAUGAGUAGUUCUUUAAUUAACAAACUUGUAAAUAGCUUUUCAAAUAUAAUCUGUUUGUCUAAAUGGAUAUAGAUAAUAUUUUGGGGGCUUAUUAAUGCGAUCAAAAUCUAAUCAGACAUUUGUAAUAGUAUUUAUAUAUUUAUAUCAAAAUACGGGUACAUUUUAAUGUCAAGUAUUUAUUAAGUUGUACAUAAGUUUCAUCUUUGGAUGACGAAUGCUUUUGUGAAUUCUUGAGUUCAAUUUAUUUCGCUAUGCUGAUUCUCUCUUUGAAGGGUCUCCAAAUCACGAACAAUGUUUAGUUCCCCUCCCAGUUACCAAAUUUUAUCACCUAAUGAGUUUUGAAUCAGGAGCAGUGGCCUAAUAAAUUCUUGCGGUAAAGCCGUUCGAAAUAGACAUCAACUUAUCUGAAAGCUUUGGUACAAGAAUUAUUGCAAAGAAGUGUUCAGAUAGAAUAGUUGAUGAAGUUUGCCCCUCUGAAGCCCUUUCUUGUUCUGAGUUUGAAUGCAGUGAACAAGAACGAUUAAAUCUAAUUCAGAUUUUAACAUGCUCGGAAUGGAUUGGGUACAAAUUCUAUUCGAGACAAUUAUUCUCAUAAACGUUAUUUCCUGCUUAAAUGGUUUAUUAAGACAUCCGGCUUUUGGUCAAAUGGCAGCUUUUUCUUUAAUCGAAUCUCGCAGGGCAAAGAUUUUCAGAGAUCGCUAUCUCAAUGUUGUGGCUCUCUCUUACGGUGAUUUGGAGCUGCGAGGGAUUGAAAUACCUUGGAAAUUGAACUUGACAAAAGAUCCUGAUGAUUCUAACGUGUCUUUUCGUGAUGUUGUUUUCUUCUGAUUAAGGAAAAUACAGGCAGCAAAAUUAUGGGAAGGGGAUUUCCAUUUUGAGAUACCACUGCAUCAAUUCUUAAGGCAAAACAAGAUUCAUUAAGUUUAAACUUUUCAAUGAAAUGCAAUUAACUACUUCUAGCAGCUUCUUAAUUCAGGAAAGAAAACCCGUUUAGUAUCUUGUAAUUGAGUUUUCCUCAGCUACUUCCCUUAUGGUUGGUUGGAUAGUGUUCAAAUUUUGGCUGCAUGGCCUUGAGGCUGUUACUCCAGGUUACCUCUCAAUUUUGCUCGACCUUUAUCGAAACAUCUUCGAGUUUUGAAAUGAGAGCUCUUUUAAGGUCUAGUGGAAGAGCUGAUUUCAAGUAUGGCAUUGUAAAUCAUAUCAUGCUAUGGCAAGAAUCAAGAUGGUUGUCGAAAAAUUGAAAUUCAAUAUUUCAAUCUGUAAAAAAAUUGUAGCCAGUUACUAUUUCAGCGAAUUAUCUUUCAAGAAUAAAAUAAAAUUUAACAUUCACAAAAUUCUAUUUUGUGUUGUCAAAUUAUAUAUAAACAUUAACAGGGGCGGACGUUUAUUCAAGUUACUACUGUACAUUGCUCUUGUCUGUUAAAACAUCAAAUAAGGAAUCAUUUAAAAUCAGUUCAUUAAUUGUAUAAGUUUAUCUUGCCUGUUGCUAAGAAUUGUUAUUGUCUGCCUUAUUAACUGGUAAGUACACAACAAAAAUACAGGCAUAGAAGCAUGCUCACCGGUGAAUGGCAAACGAAGCAACUCUACAAAUAUGAGAUGACAAACUUGUCUCUAAUCCUUUAUUUAUAAAACUUUGAUGUCGCAAACACAACUACCAGAAAGGUCUUCCGGCAUUCGAACCCGCUCUACUUUUAAAAAAGUAGCCAAUAAAAUCAUCGGCUGUUAGAAGUUUUGGCUAUGGGAAUUUAGCUGCGGUCCCCCAUUUUUUCCAAUUUCUUCAUGCUUCUUCCAUGGGUCAGAAAUUCCCCUCUCGAGUUUUAAGCUGUCGGUGAGCAAGGGCGUCUGCAGCACGGUAGCAACAGAGGUGACAACCCCCUUCAGCCAUUGGGGAGAACAUGUACCCUUAAUAGAAAGCAGGGUCGCUGGAAAAAUUUUUGGUGCUCUAUUUACAAGCUUGCCCCCUGACCUUUUCAUGCGCAGACGACCCUUUCUAUGUUUUAUAAGCCUGAAUGAUGUAGUACAUAAUCAUCAAUGGUCUUAAAAUGUUGUCAAUAUAUGUAGCAUUUUUCUUCAUCUUUCAAUUAAAUUUUUCUUGAAAGAUGUCCUUACUGCUGCAGCAGAAAGAUGUCUCAUAAAGGACAUUACAUUUAGUCACGAGUAGAAAUAUUCACAUGAUAAACAAUUUAUCGACCAGCUGAAUUCUAUGGUCAUUGGAUCCCUGAAGCGGCCUUGAUCACAAUAAAAAAGGGCCUUACAUUCAAGUUCCUCUAAAGCUCGUCUCCAGGCCUCCUUAGUAAAGCUCACUAUUAACUCCUAUGGUUGAAAAGUAGGGUGGUAGCAAAAGUUUACACGUAUUUUUUAUAAGAAGCAGCUUAUGAUAAACGGUAGACGCAAACUUUUGAAUGUUUAGAAACAACCCUAGCUUAAUUUAAAAAGCAAAGAAACUUUAAAGAUUAACAGUUAUAAAUUUCCAAGUGACUUUAAACAGUUUAAAUACAGAUUACAUUUAUUCUCGGUUAAACCUAAAUGGUUUCCUUUUAAUAACCUUUUGACUUCAAUUUCUCGGAGGAGCGUCAUCACUGGAUAUUGAUCUCAAAGAUUAAAGAAACACGUAAAAACUUAUGGUGACAAAUUGGCAUGAAAAUCUAAGAAACUGCCCACCAACACUGGACCUUGGUUUUGCAUAAAAAUAUACGUGUACUUUCACAGCCGAUUAGCUAGCACUGGAGCUAUAACUUCUCCCAGCCGCAUAAGUACAGAUUACUUCGGAGUAGCGGAAAUGGAUUUUUUCACAACAAUGUAGGUAAACCUAAUAGAGAAUUCACUAAGGAAAGAGUACGAGACUCUCGGACAUUUCAAAGGGCGGCGUUUCUUGUCGACCCUCUUAGAUUUUUGUCGAUUCUUGCUUCUGCUCUAAUGCUCUGACCCUAAAACUUGCCCGAACUAUAGAUAGCUUGUAUACAAUGGUGUAAUCGUAAAUUCUUAGCAAAAGUUGAAAAACAAAAACAGCGUGUCAGAAGUUCUUUUCAUAACAGUAUAAAAUUUUGUGCUUUUUAAGACAUCUCUGCAUUGAACAUUUGAAUGUUUGCGUUAGACUUCAUGCAUCUCAUUCUAGCGAUGUAUGCUCUGUUCUGCAGAUCAUCUUUUCGUCUCUCUUUAAGUCUUUCGCAUCCUUUUUAUUGAAAUUUGUCUGUCCACUUUUUUGUGUCUAUUUGGCUACAUGGCUUGCCUAUUUGCCACACAUAUUUUCCUGAGUGAGCCAACGUCAAAACCAUUGGUAUAUGAUCCUAAACUUUUAUUUGUCAAUUUGUGAGGCAUGUUGUUAAGCAUUGCUCUUCCCAUGCUUCUCUGUGCCACUGCCAAUUUAUGCCAGUGUCCAUGUUUUAACACCAUAUGUUAUUAUUGCUAGCAGUAUGACUCUACCCAUUACUCUCUUCUUCAAAUGUAAAACAUUGAUUUUUUUUUCAUGAAUUGACAUAUUUCCCAAAUCGUUCCCAUCCUGCAACCAUUUUUCUGUCAAUUUUCUUAUCAUUUCGUUUCCGGCUAAUAGUAGAUGACCUAGGUAACCAUAUUCAUUUACUUCUUUUAUUAUCUUUCUCUUUUUUGACCAAUGAACAAU